AUGCUAUAUACAUGGCAGGAAUCAGAGCUAGACUCUGGAGAUAAACUGUUUAGUCUGAACAGCGAAAGGGAAGUCAGCAACAGAGAUACUAUAUUAGGGGAGACAACUCCGAAUGAUUCCAACAGCACUUACACAUUGACGUCCCCUACUCUCAAACCCGGUGUCUUUUUGCCAGAACAUUACGUGGAUUUAAAUGCCGAGUUGCAGAAAUCAGAUAUAGUUUACGAAGAAAAAACGCAAAAUCUGAUCAGAAUAACGGAAGUGAGUUAUAGUAAUACAUCAUUAACAGAGACAAAGGACAACAAGACUUAUACAGCGACUUCACCGAGUCUCAGCAGAGAAGCCGAGAUUGAAGAACGGAAGUUGAAUUUGAACGCCGAUGACGUCAUAAUUUUCCUGCACAUCCAAAAAACGGGCGGGCUGCAUUUCAAGAACAUGCUCAUCAAGUGGACGCUCGGCGUGCCAGGAUGCGCGUGCAUGAGGACUGGGAACGAGUGCACGUGUCGCACGUGGACUAACGUCACGUGGCUGGCAGCCUGGUUUAUGGACGGCUGGACGUGCGGGCUGCACGCGGAUUGGACGGAACUGACCGAGUGUGUGGACCCGUGGUUUAAGUCGGUAGAGCCUCAGAGGUCACAUCGGAACUACCACUACACUACCUACCUGCGUGAACCAGUUCAGCGGUUCAUCAGUGAGUGGCACCAUGUCAGGCUAGGUAACCUCUGGCCCAAAGAUUACCUGUGUAAUGGUAGGAAGGCAUCAUGGAGUGAACUGCCCAGGUGUGCUAGAGGUGGGGUGCUGAGGAACAUCUCUCUUGACGAGUUUGUGGCAUGCGACCAUAACCUUGGCUUUAACCGCAUGACCAGAAUGCUGGCUAACCUGUCUUUGGUCAACUGCUACAACAGAACUGGACUCUCCAAAGACUUCGUGGACAAGACUCUACUCAACAGCGCCAAGGAAAAUCUGCGGGCCAUGGAGUUCUUUGGCCUAACAGAGGAACAGGAAAAAUCUCAGUUUUUGUUUGAGGUCACGUUGGGUGUGUUGCUGGCCAAACGAACGUGGUUGAACUUGUAUACCAGAGCGUCAGAGAUCCAUAUCACGGAGGCAAUGCUGUCAGUCAUUAAACUACACAACCAGCUGGACAUUGAACUUUAUAACUUUGCUCGGGGAUUGUUUACACAAAGAGUGAUGGAAGCAGAGUUGAGGGUUGGUUGUAAUGCGAGUGUUUACUUUCAAAGAAGAUUUGGUGGCUUGUAAUUUUUUAUUUUUAUUUUUUUUUAUUUUUUAUUUUAGUGGUUAGAAUGACGCUGAAAGGUUCAGUCAGGGGUCUCCAAACUUUUCAGCCAGAGGGCCGGAUUAACUAUCAAAUGUACGUUCGGGGGCCAGAAUUUCUUCCAGGCA